AUGGAUCAUUCCAACGGGAUCAGAAGAAUCAAUACCCAUGUUCCCGACACACCCAAAACUCCCAAAGCUGGUGCCUCCCCAACUUUCGAGGAACUUCUUCAAGCAAGUGAUGCAUUAAAAUGGUCCCCUUUGUCGGGAAAGGAUCACCAUGACGACGAACAAGAUUUCGGUCAUCACAACAACAUGAUGAACAAGAAAUCGGUCCUCGCAAAAAUGAGGGAGAAAGCAAAAAGGUUAAAGAAUAGCAUUAGUAAGAGAAAACAUGACCAAGAGGAUACCGGCACCCCUCCAUGGGGAGUUAGCUUGCACGAUGAAGAUGAAGAAGAUCAUUUUGCUUCAUCAAUGCACAAAUUGGAGGUGGCACCACCAAACCAUGUUAAGGAAAUUCCAAAGCAACAUCGAAUUAACCCAAAUCCGAGAGCAAUUACUGUCGUUUCAGAGAAGCAUGUUUUACCCAAUACAAUAAAACAAGACAUCAAUGAAGGAGAGAAUGAAGACGAUAAAAAAGAAGAUACAAAAUUAGAAAACAUUAGCAAUACGGCAAGAAUCCUUACUAAGUCGGUCUCCGAAAGAUUGGCCCCAGCUUACAAUAUUGUGUCUGAUGCAACAUGCAUAAUUGCUUCUAAAAUAGGAUUAUUCGCGAUUAACACUUCAGAACCUGUUAAUAAUUCAUCAAAGGGGAAUACAAUGGAUGUUGAUCAUCAAACAAAUAAUACAGAAAAGGGUGUCUCUGAAAAUGUGAAGAACUACCUAAUGCAAAAGCUUGAGCCAGGUGAAGACGAGAAGGCACUUUCCCAAGUAAUAUCGGAAGCUAUUAGUCCAAAAAAGAUUCAUGAUCAUAAUGAAAUGGGAGUUAUGGAGAAAGUCAGAGGGGCUUUCACUGCGUUACUUUACAGAAACCCGAUUUCUCAAAAAACACAAAAUGAUCAAAAUAAUAAUAGUAGUAGUGUAAAUAAGUAG